AGUAGACCAAAGCCUAGGUGAAGGGGACGGAGAGCUAGGGGUGAACCCUGGUGAGGAACCUGAAAGCCAGGUGAGGAGCGGAGGCUGACCGCAGAGGUUUGGAAGGAUGGCUGGCAUGGUGUUGGGAGUGGGUGCUGGCGUGUUCCUCCUCGCUCUGCUCUGGGUGUUGGUGCUGCUGCUGUGUGUGCUGUUAUCCAGAGCCUCUGGGAUAGCUAGGUUCUCCAUCAUCUUCGUCUUCCUGGGUGCUCUGAUCGUCACCACAGUUCUAUUGCUUUUCCCUCGAGCCAGUGAAUUCCCGGCCCCAGAAGGCGAAAUGAAGAUUGUGGAUGCCUUUUUCAUCGGCCGCUAUGUCCUGCUGGCUUUCCUCGGCGCCGUCUUUCUUGGAGGCCUCUUCCUGCUUCUUACUCAUCAUGUGCUGGAGCCAAUCUAUGCCAAGCCACUGAGGUCCUGCUGAGCGUGGUAACGGAAGCACGGGACAUGUUGGCGUCAUGGAUGAUAAGCACAAAGGCACUCUCCGGAGCCUUGGCCACCUUCAUGUCUUCAGACUAGAGGAAUAACCAUUUGUUGCUAAGGCAGUCCUCCUGAGCCUUGGCCUUCAGAAACUCAGUAGUGAAGCAGAGUCCAUGGAUGUAAAUUGUCACCAUCAAGACAGGCACAACUGUCUUCUCAGAACCCACACUCAGGAUUUCUGUCUGUUUUGAAUGAAUAGCAGUGACAGUGAUCUGCCUUGGGUAAAUGUUCAGUCAAGCUGUGAGUAGUGGACUUGGGGGAAAGAGUUUUGGGCUCUGUUGUCCAACAGAAGAAGCCGGUCCUUUUUAAUAAGGUAUAAAUAAAGUUCUCAGUUGAGUAUUUGGAACCGUUUGGAAGAGAAAGGCACUCAAACACAAAAUUGUUUUAAUGAGAUAGUUUGGAAGACGUAUGAGACAUCGGUUGUUGACCAUUCCUUAUGUGCGGUUCCACAGAGCUCGGUAAAGACAGUGUGUGGCACUGCCUGAGUUCCAACAAUGCAAUAAACAAACUCCUGGCUACAGCUUUUGGGUAUCUACAUUUGAAGUUUGCUCAGAGAUUAGAAGGGAGGUACAGAAAUGUUAGAUGUCUUCCUGUCAUGUAUUUUGGGUCUUUUUCUCCCAAAUUUGGUGGCCUCCGAAUGCUUUAAGUGUUUAGUAUUGUGUAUGUGUCCACUUUGGGCUUUGGCCCUUUCUAGUUUCUUUCUUUGGCAGUAUUAUACAUUGAACCCAUGGCCUCAUACAAGUACACUACUAUCCUAUCCCUCUACUUAUAUUUUUGUCUUGAAGAAAAAUUGCACUGUUUCCCAGGCUGGCUUUGAACUUGUCACCCUGCCAUAGUUUCCCAAUUAGCUGGGGUUUUAGGCCUGAACCAUCAGGCCUGGGUCUUCUUAUCUCUUGGUCAGUUGCUCAGUUGGUUGAUUCCAAGGUCUCACUUGGGGCCUAGAGCUGGCUUGAACGCUGGCUCCUUCUGCCUCAGCCUUCUUGGGUACUCGAAUUGCAGAUGUGUCCCCCCACCCCAAUAUCCCUGCCUCUGUGUUUUCAUCUUGAAAACUCUUUCUCCAAAAUUAUUAAGGAAUGUAUAUUCUCAGCAUAUAGUAUGACGUCACAUUUGUCUAACUCCCAAGAUCAAUAAAAUUUGUCACUAAAUGGA